UACUAUCAACCAGUAAGUAUAAAUAGCCAAAAGCAUGGAAGGAAAGGCACAAUAGGUAUGGUACACGGCCAAGGAAGUAGGCAUAAACCCACCUUUGUAUGUAGCAGGUAACAUUUAGGACAGGCUAAAAAGGUUUCAUUCUAUUUGUAUAUGCAUUUUAUACAUUGUGCAAUAACAUGCCUGAAAUUUUGCAUUUACAAGUCGGACAGUGCGGUAAUCAGAUUGGCUCCAAGUUCUGGGAGGUUGUUUCGGAAGAACAUGGAAUAGCACCAGAUGGAUCGUACAAUGGCGAUUCUGACCUUCAACUUGAGCGAAUCAACGUCUUCUACAACGAAGCAAUUGGUGGCAAGUAUGUUCCACGCGCAAUACUCGUUGAUCUUGAACCUGGCACGAUGGAUGCUGCACGAUCUGGAAAGUAUGGCCAACUAUUUCAUCCUGACAACUUUAUAUUUGGACAGAACGGUGCUGGAAACAACUGGGGUAAGGGAUACUAUACAGAAGGUGCUGAACUCAUUGAAUCGAUUCUUGAUGUUGUUCGGAAAGAAACUGAAAACUGCGACUGCCUCCAAGGUUUCCAGCUGACACACUCCCUCGGAGGAGGGACAGGAGCAGGACUUGGUACGCUCCUCCUCGGUAAAAUUCGCGAGGAAUUUCCUGAUAGGCUCCUGACAAGCUAUAGUGUGGUUCCCUCACCCAAAGUAUCAAAUGUAGUGGUAGAACCUUAUAAUAGCACACUGUCAGUCCAUCAGUUGAUCGAGAACUCUGACAUGACAUUUUGCCUUGACAACGAAGCCUUGUACAACAUAUGCACACAAACACUGAAACUACCAUCACCGACAUAUGGUGAUCUAAAUCUUCUGUUAUCCCAGUCGAUGAGCGGCAUCACGGCAAGUCUGCGAUUCCCUGGACAGCUUAAUGCAGAUCUCAGAAAACUUGCCGUAAACAUGGUUCCGUUUCCACGGAUGCAUUUCUUUAUGCCAGGAUUUGCUCCCUUGAUCAGUCGUUCGAGCACAGAAUAUACUAACAUGAGUGUAGCAGAGUUAACGCAGCAGAUGUUUGAUUCUCGUAAUAUGAUGGCAGCAUGUGAUCCAAGACAUGGACGGUACUUGACGGCGGCAGCACUGUUUCGCGGUCGUUUGUCGAUGAAGGAGGUUGAGCAGGAACUCUACAAAAUUCAAAGUAAAAACAGCAGCAACUUUGUAGAAUGGAUUCCAAACAAUAUCAAAACUGCUGUCUGCGAUAUCCCGCCGAAAAACUUGCCAAUGGCAGCCUCCUUCAUUGGAAAUAACACAGCUCUGCAAGAAAUAUUCAAACGCAUAGGAGAACAAUUUUCAGCCAUGUUCCGACGUAAAGCAUUCAUUCACAGUUAUUGUGGAGAAGGUAUGGAUGAAACAGAAUUCACAGAAGCCGAAGCAAACAUGAAUGAUUUGAUAUCGGAAUUCCAACAGUAUGAAGAUUAUGCUGAGGGAGAAGAACAAUCUGAUGAAGAUGUCGAGGAAGAAAACGAUGACCAGUAAACAUGAUUUUGGUCAGACCAUGAUACAAACCUUAAGUGUCAUCACCUGACUCUAUCAGUGACAGAUUCAUUACAAUUUAACACUGUAUAGUAAGUACUUACUAGUUGGCUUCUUCAGAUAUAACGUCCUUGGUAAAAAAAAAUGUUACUGCAGUUGCUUCUUAUUUCUAAAUAUGUAGACAACACUGCUCCAGUUGUCUUAACUGUUGGUCAUAUGUGAGCUCAUUGGAAUUUCCAAUACUGUACUUAGUAACUCUAUCCUCUAUUUUAACUACCUAUGUUCCUUAUAAGAAAUAACAAAUCUUUUAUCUUAUAUUAUUCUAUAGCAGAUUAAUGGAGCUACACAUUUUAUUCAUUAUGUUCCUUAUGUAAAACAUUAAUAGUUUCCAUGUCUGGUGUGUGAUUUAAAAAAAAUUUAUAUUUGUAUAUUGAAUAUUUAAAAACAAGAUAAAAUCAUAUUUGUACUGUAUAAAGUGCUUCAAUCAAAUGCUUGAUGGCAAGUUGUGUGCGACUCUUAACCGGUUUUCGAAUACUAGAUGCCAAGGGGGAGGAUCCGGGAUUACAAAAAAUGGGAAGGGGAGGACAGUAUGCAAUUUGGAAUGAAAACAAGAGAAAGAAAUUAAAUGUGCCCCAUGGUCACCAAUCAUAAUGCCACCCUGAUGCUCUAUGGGUGUAUGCAUUGUACAAUGAUGUUUGGUAAAUAUUGUAAAUGAAAUGAUGUGUUUGCAAAAUCUGCAAAAACAUGUAUAGUAUAUCCUGUGGUUUAUUGGUAUACUACUGUAUUAUUACUAAGCAGAUUUUAAUCACGACGAAAUGACUACAGGAUGGACUCUAGUUAUCUGCACAACAUAAAUUCACUUAAAACGAUAUCUAAGAUUUCAGAGGAUGCAUGACACCAUUACGUCCUAGAUCUUACUGUUGUUCAAUCAAAUAUUGUCAUGACAUGAUGUUGAAUUUGUGUAAUCAGCUAAUUAUGUAAUACAAGUCAAAACAUGUCUAUCACGUUGGCUUAUAAUGUUAGUGUAACGCUUAACUGGUGCUAGAGAGUAUUCAAUUAGACACUUGUCAAGAUUCAUUACAUUUAACCAAUUUAAUACAUAAUAUUUAUACAAAUCUUUUGGCUUUCUGAAAUUGUUUGGAUGUUAAUACAUUACUGUUAAUUAUCAAGGUACUUAAAAAAUACAAUGACUGUUUCAAAUAAUGUGUUACAAACUGACCUGCAGUAUGUACGCGUAAUACACUGAAUCUCAGCAAAUCAACGAUGCUCAUGUUGCUAUUUAUAGCAUUUCAGUGUGAGGCUUACUAGAGAUGGUCACAUCAAAAGAAUGGUUAGAUAAUGUUAUGCUUUUAACUGUGACAUCACAUCUAUAUUCAAAUAUGUUGUAAUUCAGACAGCAGCAUAAAAAA